UAUGGGAGUAAAGGGGUUGCUGCCCAUAGUAGAAAGACAACAACAAUAUAUUUUUCUGGAUCUCGCCCCUCGUUCUUACUAUAGCGAGAAGUUCGGUCUCGUAUAUAGGAGCGGCAGGAUGAGCCUACCGCAGGAGGAUACCGGGCCACAGAACUCGGCGUCGCCGCCUCAGCAAUCCUCGCCGGUUCUUCGUCGACCUGUUGUGACGGCGGAAAGUCCGCAAGACCCUGCUGUCGGACUCCCGCCAAAACAGACGGAGCUGAUUGCGAGCGAAGGGGAUCUGUCGUUGUACACAAGCGGUGAGCAAGUUCCACAAUCUACCAUCCAGUCACUCCCCCACCCUGAACCACAGCAGGAAGCAAAUCAACAGGGUAUAGAUAUCGAGAGCGAAAAUGAGAAAAAGCUUCUAAACUAUAGCUUUUAUGGCAAAUUCAUUGAUGCCAUGCAUGAAAGUUUAUCAAAAGAGCCUGAAGAGCCAAAGACACCAAUGUGUAAUUGUUGCCACGCAUUUGAUAUUAUAAACCGUUUGAAUUCGAAGCGUAGCAAUGAGGUGGACAAGCCAUUUGAGAAGAUUAACAAUAUGACACCAGUUCUAUGUAGAGCUCGCUCCAAAGGAUGGUUGCUUCACAGCAACAUGGCUUUUCCUUUUACAAAUAAAUAUGGUCGUGCCUUAUGGGUAGGUGCUGAGUUGUUUAUCGUUAUUUCAGUGCUUGUACUAUCCAUUGUAAGAUUUUCACGGGGAAAUGAUGAAAUCUUCAACAUUCUUCACCUUGCGCUCAGCAUUUUAGCCACUGUUUUGGAGAUUAUCGAUGUUUUAGCUCUUAUUUGUAGCUGCCCCUUUAGGAGAUGUGGAGCAACAUGCAGGCAAAAGGAGCAGCUUGAUUUAAACCCCGACAACAACAGUACAACAGGUCAACGUUUAAUCAACGCUUUUGAUUUUGGAAGAGUGAUAAUGUCCGAGCUGAUCUUUUAUCCACUAUUGAUUUGUGCCAUUUUUGACUUCAUCACUUCCGAGGCUUAUUGUUUUGAAACAGAAGACGAUGGUAUCAGUUGCGCUCUUUUGGUUAUGUCGGCAAUCUUAAUGGUUGUCUUUGUUUUCGCUGUACGAAUCGCCGUUCCGAGUAUUGCCUCCUGCAAUUUGAACGAAAAACGUUUUCCGAAAAAAGUUGAAGGUAUGUCUCAAGUAUUUGAUACCAGCAAUGUCAAAUCUGCAUGGCAUCUUCAAAUGUAUUUUAUUUUUUAUACACUUGGACAAAUUUUGGUCCAGGGCAUAAUGCUUAUGGGUAUUACAUUUUCAAUAUUUUAUAAACACCAAUCGUCAUGUGAUUCCAUUGAAGUUGACGGCCGAUUGCGGUACAUGUUGGCUGCCGGUUAUAUACUUCCCAUUUUAGGACCCAUCAACUUUUAUUUAGUCACUUAUUAUUGGUUUCAGGAGUAUUCUAUUGGAUUAUCUGUUGAUUUUAUUGUAAGUCUUCAACAGAAUGAUACUUCAACAACCAAUGUAAAAGAAGGACUACAGGAAAAGGUCAGAGUAAUCCUUGAUCGUCUUCAUUCUUCUAAGCUUAUAGGAGAGUUUCAGGAACUUAAAAGUACAUCUUUUAUUUAUAAGUUCCUGUAUCCAUUUCAAAGCCCACUGACUGUUAUAUUUGCAGGCCUAGUCUUUAGUUUUCAUGUAUUAUUCUUCGUUUUCGCCUUUGAGAGCAUACCUUCGGUUGAUUUCCCGGCAGCUCCAUGGACCUAUUGGUUUCUUGCUGUCGGUGUCGUUUUUGUUUACAUCAUGAACCUGUAUGCAUUUAGCAUAGUUGUUUUCUGGUCAGUGAUAAUUGCCGGGAUCAUUGCUAUUGUUGCUCUUAUAUUAUUAGCUAUACUAUUAUGCUGCAUACUUGGCAGUUGUGCAAGUAAUAGCAGUAGUAAGAAUAAUCGUUAACUAUUCAUUGUACCUAGUGAUUACCUACCUUUUUGUACUCGUGCAUCACAACUAUGCUAAUACCUAGAGCUACUUCCUUUAUCUAUAUACCAACACGUUCAUUUGUAUAAUAUUGUUAGAAAAUUAUGAGUAUAAUGUAUAAUGAUAAUGUACAUAAAGACAAUGCGAACAACAUUAUUGAGAAGAGACUCUAUAAUUAUUAAGUCAUGUUUUGAUACAGUCAUGUGUUGCGAUUAAGGUGGUGUAUUGAUUGCUAGCAAUGAUAGACUAGUUUGUGGGACAGUGAAAGGUAUCUGCAGGUUAGAGAUAAAAUGAGCAUUACUCAAUAUCAAUAUCAAUAUCAAUAUCCAUCAAUAUUCAUCAUGUAAACUUAAAUACGAUAGUAACACAGGAGAUACUUUCGUGCUAUAAUUAUAGAGAUUUUUUUUUUUGCAGCAAGGCACAUUGUAUAGGACAAUAGCACAAAUUCACGUGUGAAAGUGAAAGUUUGCAAGUAAAUUUGUACUGCAUCACAAAAUUUCUCUCUAGGGAAGUGCAAUAAAUAACUAUAGUAUGUAGAGGUGGGAGAGCAGAUCCUACUAUUAAUUGCGUGCUAACUUUCCGGAUGUACAGUUAACACACAAAAUGCCUCGUAAGACUCACUCAAAGUUAAAAUUGUGGAAUAU